AUGGUCCCAGCCGUGUGGGCGGUGCUUCGGGCGGUAACCCGUCCAGGAGUCUCGGUGCUGAAACCUAACGCCCCUGGAGGAGCAGCUUCACGGAGGUUCGGGUCCGGUGUUCCCCGCUGCUGCAGAGCCAAGUCCAGCGUGGUGAGAAGCCCUCCGUCUGCAGCCAGCAUGCCUGAGGUCACCACCGAUCACCUGGAUGAGAAGCAGGUGCAGCUGCUCUCUGAGAUGUGCAUCAUCAUCGACGAGAACGACCGGAGGGUCGGAGCGGACACCAAGAAGAACUGCCACCUCAACUCGAGCAUCGAUAAAGGUUUACUGCACCGAGCCUUCAGCGUCUUCCUGUUCAACAGCGAGGACAAGCUGCUCCUGCAGCAGAGGUCCGACGCCAAAAUCACCUUUCCAGGCUGUUUCACAAACACGUGCUGCAGCCAUCCUUUACACACAGACAGCGAGCUGGAGGAGGAGGAGGCGUUAGGAGUGAGGAGGGCAGCUCAGAGGAGACUCGGAGCUGAGCUGGGAAUCCCUCUGGAGCAGGUGCCACCAGCUGAAAUGACCUACCUCACACGGAUCCACUACAAGGCCCAGUCGGACGGUGUUUGGGGGGAGCACGAGAUCGACUACAUCCUCUUCAUGCAGAAGGACGUGGACCUGAGUCCAGAUCCCAAUGAGAUCCAGAGCCACUGCUACGUGAGCAAAGAGGAGCUGAGGGCCAUGCUGGAGAAGGCCAAACGCAAGGAGCUGCAGCUCACGCCGUGGUUCAGCCUCAUCGCAGACACCUUCCUGUUCAAGUGGUGGGACAACCUGCACGACCUGAAGCAGUUCAUGGAUCACGGCAACAUCCAGCGCAUGUAGACAGACCCCCACCACCACCCCCCAGCUGAAGCUAAGCUGAGGCCUGAAGGACAAACAGCUGCUGGAUUCUACUUUAGUCAGGAGGUUUAUAAAUGUAGGACGGACAUGGAGGGGCGUCCAUGUUCAGACUGCAAACAUGCAGAAUCAUGACGACCUGUCUGAAGCUCUUUUUAGACGAAGCGGUGGACGUUCCCGACAGCUUCACGCUGAUACCACAGAACUCACUCUUUGUAACUUUUACA